GAGUCGCUGCGCCACCGGAAGUAGAUGGUUGGCAAACAUGGCGGCGUUGAUGGUUCCCCGCCUUCCCGCCCUUGGCUCCUUUAAUCUAAGGGCCAUUUCAUCGUUUUCUGCUCAUAAGAAGGUUCCUUUGACAGACAAAAAGGAUGAAAACACCUCAAGUCUGGUCCCGUUCAGAGAGAAAAGCACAGCUCUGGCCCCAAAACCAGCUUCAGCGGUCAGCAAGGGUGAAUACAUCGUCACCAAGCUGGACGAUCUGGUCAACUGGGCACGCAGAAGCUCCCUGUGGCCCAUGACCUUUGGCCUGGCGUGUUGUGCUGUGGAGAUGAUGCACAUGGCGGCUCCUCGGUACGACAUGGAUCGGUUCGGUGUCGUCUUCAGAGCCAGUCCCAGACAGGCUGAUGUCAUGAUAGUCGCAGGGACAUUAACCAACAAAAUGGCUCCUGCACUGCGUAAGGUGUAUGACCAAAUGCCAGAGCCCAGAUACGUCAUUUCAAUGGGAAGCUGUGCUAACGGCGGUGGCUACUAUCACUACUCUUAUUCAGUGGUCCGGGGUUGUGAUCGCAUCGUUCCAGUGGACAUCUACGUCCCGGGUUGUCCUCCAACAGCAGAGGCUCUGCUUUAUGGAACGCUGCAGUUACAGAAGAAGAUCAAGCGAGAAAAGAAAAUGAGAAUAUGGUAUCGCAAGUGAGGUGUGAUUGUGUUUGUGUGUCUGCUCUGAGAUGUUUAUUUAAUACCGGUCAUUUGUUGAGCUCAGAAGGCUGAUUCCUCAGGAGCUGCUCUGGUUUGAGCUCAAGCUCCUCCUCUUUGUAGCUACAAUAAAGACUUUCUGCUUCA